GAAGCAGCAGAGGCAACAGAGUCUCCUUGAUAAGCAGUUUCCUGAACACUUUCAAACCCUGGCGCCUGACCCACUCAUGCACCACGCACAGCCCGAGUGCUGAGGAGCCGCGGGGCCGGCCCGCUCGGGGCCCCAGACGCCUUUCCCCCAAUGGCUCAUUGAUCCUCUCUGAACCUUGGCCCGCCGGGGCCUGUUUGCACCCUGUACGCCUCAGUGUGAGGGCUCCGCUGCUGGCACAGCAUGGUCCAGGACUGCUCGGCAUGCUCUGGAGUUCAUAGCGCCAGUCUGCCAGGCCGGGCAGCGAUGGACAAGGUCGGCACGCCUGGCCCCUCUGCUAAGAAACAUGUGCGGCUGCAGGAGAGGAGAGGCUCCAAUGUGUCUCUGGUGCUGGACAUGAGCUCGCUGGCGAGUGUGGAGCCGAUCCGCUCUGUCUGCACCCCCCGGGACAUCACGCUGCGGUUCCUCAGGACAUCCAGCCACGUCCUGACCGGCGUGGAGCUGCAGCAGCAAGCCAGGAAUCUGGCACAGCUCCAGGAGGAGUUCUCGAAAAUCCCCCCCAACUUUGUCAACCCGGAGGAGCUGGACAUCCCCGGACGGGCCUCCAAGGACAGAUACAAAACCAUCCUCCCGAAUCCCGACAGCCGCGUCUGCCUCAGGAGAGCCGGCAGCCAGGAGGAGCAGGACUACAUCAACGCCAACUACAUCCAGGGCUAUGGAGGGCGCGCACGAGAGUACAUCGCCACGCAGGGGCCCAUGCUGAACACGGUGGAGGAUUUCUGGCAGAUGGUGUGGCAGGAGGGCGUGCCACUUAUCGUCAUGAUCACCAAGCUCAAGGAAGGCAAAGAGAAAUGCGUCCAUUACUGGCCUGAAAAGGAAGCCACCUACGGCCCGUUCACCAUCAGCCUUCAGGGGGUGAGCGAGCGGGCGGAAUACACAGUCCGGGAUCUCACCCUCCAGCUCGAAGGUGAAUGUCGCCCGGUGAAGCAUGUCUUCUUCCCCUCCUGGCCCGACCAGCAGGCCCCCGAGUCGGCCAAGCCCCUGCUGCACCUGGUGUCGGAGGUAGAGCAGAUCCUGCAGGCUGCAGCCAGCACGGGGCCCGUAGUCGUUCACUGCAGUGCAGGGAUUGGUCGGACGGGCUGCUUUAUUGCUACCAGGAUUGGAUGCCAACAGCUGAAGGCCAAAGGAGAAGUGGAUAUCCUGGGGAUAGUGUGCCAGCUCCGUAUAGACAGAGGCGGAAUGAUUCAGACCAGUGAACAGUACCAAUUCCUCCAUCACACGCUGGCUGUGUAUGCUUCACAGCUCCCUGAGACGACAGGCCCAUAAUAAUCCCAGCUAUCUGCUGGGCUCUGACUUUCCCCGGGGCACUCUGAAGUCUCCAGCUUCUGAGCCAACAGUAGAGCUACCAGAAGAGGGCUCCAGCUAGCCCUGGCUCCUUUCUGCUCACAUCAUGCCACCCUGGCAGCAUGAGAGGAACUGUGGCACCCUUGAACGGCCGUGGGAAACCUGCCCUGAAUCACGCUAAUUACCUCCUGGCAUCCUGUAAUUGGGGUAAUUAACUAGAGCUGCUUAGAAGCGUCCCAACACACAGCGAUGCACUGCUAGCACAGGGUUGGUUUGUGGGCAGGUUUGAACAACAAAAGGGCUUCCGGUGGGUUUUGUUGGUGCCAUUUGCUAUGAGCGUAAGGCCAAUUUCACUGAUGGAAACGGGCUUUUGCUUUCUAAACCUGUGGCAUUCUAGCCCCGACCAGCAAACUGUGCUAAGGAACUGGAUAUACGCUAGGAGCUGGAGCAUGAUUUGCAUUUGAACCCUCCAACCAGUUACAUCAAGUGCGGACUGGAGCUGGUUACAUUACAUUGCAAAUAAAUAGCACCCUUGAUUCUGUUUGUGAA